UCUGAUCCUAUCAUCACAAUGGUGCAAGGUGCUUUCAAACGUCAAGUCGAGGUUGGCCGCGUUGUCCUCCUUAACUACGGUGCCGACAGUGGCAAGUUGGCUGUCAUUGUUGACAUUGUCGACCACAACCGUGCUCUCAUCGAUGGUCCCACCACCGGUGUUGCCCGUCAGGCUUAUCCUUACCGCCGUCUUACUUUGACCAGCUUGGUCGUCAAGGGUCUUCCCCGUGCUGCCGGUCAAAAGGUCGUUAAGAAGUACUUGGAAAAGAACGCCACCAUUGCUGCUUGGGAAAAGACCGCCUGGGCCCAAAAGCUCGCUCAGCGUGAAACCCGCGCCAACUUGUCCGACUUUGACAGAUUCAAGUUGAUGAAGUUCAAGGCUCAGCGCCGUUUCGCCACUCGCACCGCUGUUGCUCAGGCCAAGAAGCAGGCUGCUUAAAUGUUUAUAUCAGUUAGCAGUUGAGGAGGGGUUUUUUGUCAUUUUUUCUAUAAUCAUCGUUAAAAAGAUUUAUUAUUUGGAAAACAAAGACCUUUUCAUCUAGUCAAUGUGAUGCUCAAUGUUAUGCUGCAAUUAAGUGAAGGG